AAAGUUGUUGUAAAUUAUAGUAAUAAGCAAGCAAAGCUGAUUCAAACAAAAACCCCAACUUCAAAGAUCAUCACAUUCAGUCAUUCACUAACCAAAACCUAGAAACAACGAAGAAUCACUCUCCAAACUUGUCGAUGUCUCCAACACCAUCAAAACCAGAAGUUCUCUUAACCAACAAAUUCCUUAGCUUUUUGAUAUGGCAAUCAAUACCCUCAUCUUUCAUCUUCUUUCUCUCCUUCACCCUUCUCCCCAUAACCCCUUUUUGGUCUUUUCCCCUUUUCCUUCUUUUCAACUUCCUCUUCUCCUUUUCUCUCUCCUUCAUCUCUUCACCUUCCUCACACCCCAUUUUCAAUCCUCUCAACUUCAAGCUCUCACUUACAUUCCUCCUCUUCGUAGCCGCUGCCGCGGUCUCCGCUUCCGUUGCGGUUGUUUCGCUUUUUGGGUUUAACGAUUUGGGAAAAGUUGGGUUCAGGGGUUUUCUUGCUGGUGCCAUUUAUGGGUUUCAUUAUGUUUUCAAACGACGUUGGGUUUUGGAGUUUCCCAUUAUUCAGCGUCCUCCUUUCUACAAUUUUAAGAUGGGGAUUCCUUUGGCUGCUAAACGUGCUUUUAAGCUUUCCACUGUUGCUUUCAUUUUUUCUGCUAUUUUAUUGGAGAUUAUUCCACACCCUUUUAAGUGCAGCAUUGCAACGAAGAAAUUUGUUGCUGAGCAGAUUGUAUUUUUUGUUGCUAGUUUCGCUAUCUUCUUCAGUUGGGAAUUGACUCACAAUUUACAUACGGUUUUACAUACCAAGAGAUCCAUAUUUGCUCCCCCAAAAGGAUCAGCAGCUGCGGAAACAAAUCCAAGUGAGCACCUCCUUUCAGCUCUGGAGGAGAGUAAUCCAACAUCUCUUCUUCGAUAUCAUGCUUAUCUUGAUCUCUGUAUGGUUUCCGAGAACAAUGUUGAUACUUGGCGGCGUGCGGCAUUUUUCGAAGAAACGGGUGAGACUUACAAAAGGGUAAUUGCUGUGUGCUUGAGGCCUCUUGAACAACUUGCCUCGAGAUUAGGUGAGGACUUGGGGAAUUCUACCGACAAACCUACAAAUCUAUCUAAUCAGUUAGCCUCCCCAACAGAUGUGAAGCACGUUGAAGAACUGUAUAACUUCCAGCUAUAUGCUUGGUGUUCAAGGAUUGUUGCCUCACUAACUGCCUGUUCUCGCAAAGAAGAUAAGUUUGGGGCUGCUCAGCUUUCUGGGAGUAACGCUGCUGUGGUUUCGACCCUGAUAUCAUGCCUUCUUGCUGUCGAGAAUUUCAUGGGAAAGAAAACAAACCUGCAAUCACCAAAUCAGCUGUUGGGAUCUGCUGGUAUCAAAUGGGCAACGGCGAAUAGUGGAAGAUUAGAUAUUGCAGCUGCUUCUGUUAAAAGAAAAAACGGGCCAGUAAAUUCAAAAGCUUAUGCUAUUGCCGACGUUCUCAAGACAUCGAUCUACCAAAUAGUAUCUGCAUUCCAUGAUGAGAUGUUGUCUGGUACUAAAUCAAGUCUUCUGGAGAAGGACUGGAUCACAAGCGAGAAACCACUUUUCGGUACUCGUGAGAUGCUUAUACAAAAAUUACGUCUUUUCCUUGAUUUUCGGGCUACCUAGAUGUUACAUUAUUUGUGAGAGGCUAUACAAAUCGGAUGUUGCAAGCAGAGUUUAUAACAAUAUGAAUAUGGAAGGGAUGGAAGGAAAAGUUUCUCAAUUUUGUUGUCCGAAAUUUGAGAUGGAUAUUAAUCUGUAGUGAUUAUGUUGAACAUACUUGCAUUGACUGGUGUGAGUUAUCGAUCGGUUUUUUUUUUUUCCUUGAUAAUUUAAGUGCUUCUCUGAAAGGAGAGAUUUUUUUUUUAAGAUAGAGUUGUGUCUGUGAUAUGGAAAAAUCGAUAUACCCACAUCUUUAAAAAAAAAAAUGGAAUGUGAAUUUUAUAUAUAAA